CGGGCGCGCCAGCCCGGCCGUGCGUGCUCACGUGACAGGUCCGCGAGGCUUCGCUCGCGCAGUCUUCUGGGCGAGCGAAGAUGGCGGCCGAGAGGGAACCUCCUCCGCUGGGGGACGGGAAGCCCACCGACUUUGAGGAGCACGAGGACGGAGAGGACCUGUUCACCAGCACAGUCUCCACCCUAGAGUCAAGUCCAUCAUCUCCAGAACCAACUAGUCUUCUAACAGAAGAUGUUAGUACAAACUCCAAUGGUCCAAAACCUGCAGAAGUUGUGUUAGAUGAUGACAGAGAAGAUCUUUUUGCAGAAGCCACAGAAGAAGUUUCUCUGGACAGUCCAGAAAGGGAACUUAUCCUCUCCUCAGAACCUUCUCCAGCAGUCACACCUGUGACCCCUACUACACUCAUUGCUCCCAGAAUUGAAUCAAAGAGUAUGUCUGCUCCUGUGAUCUUUGAUAGAUCUAGGGAGGAGAUUGAAGAAGAAGCAAAUGGAGAUGUUUUUGAUAUAGAAAUUGGUGUAUCAGAUCCAGAGAAAGUUGGUGAUGGCAUGAAUGCUUACAUGGCAUAUAGAGUAACAACAAAGACUUCUCUUUCCAUGUUCAGUAAGAGUGAAUUUUCAGUUAAAAGAAGAUUUAGUGACUUUCUCGGUUUGCAUAGCAAGUUAGCAAGCAAGUAUUUACAUGUCGGUUAUAUUGUGCCACCGGCUCCAGAAAAGAGUAUAGUAGGCAUGACCAAGGUCAAAGUGGGUAAAGAAGAUUCAUCAUCCACUGAAUUUGUAGAAAAACGGAGAGCAGCUCUUGAAAGAUAUCUUCAAAGAACAGUAAAGCAUCCAACUUUACUACAGGAUCCUGACUUAAGACAAUUCUUGGAAAGUUCAGAGCUGCCUAGAGCAGUUAAUACACAGGCUCUGAGUGGAGCAGGAAUAUUGAGGAUGGUGAACAAGGCUGCCGACGCUGUCAACAAAAUGACAAUCAAGAUGAAUGAAUCGGAUGCAUGGUUUGAAGAAAAGCAGCAGCAAUUUGAAAAUCUGGAUCAGCAACUUAGGAAACUUCAUGCCAGUGUUGAAGCUUUGGUCUGUCAUAGGAAAGAACUUUCAGCCAACACUGCUGCCUUUGCAAAAAGUGCUGCCAUGUUAGGUAAUUCAGAGGAUCAUACUGCUCUAUCUAGAGCGUUGUCUCAGCUUGCAGAGGUUGAGGAGAAGAUAGACCAGUUACAUCAAGAACAAGCUUUUGCUGACUUUUAUAUGUUUUCAGAACUACUUAGUGACUACAUUCGUCUUAUUGCUGCAGUGAAAGGUGUGUUUGACCAUCGAAUGAAGUGCUGGCAGAAAUGGGAAGAUGCUCAAAUUACUUUGCUCAAAAAACGUGAAACUGAGGCAAAAAUGAUGGUUGCUAACAAACCAGAUAAAAUACAGCAAGCUAAAAAUGAAAUAAGAGAGGAAAUUGAAGAGUGGGAGGCAAAAGUACAACAAGGAGAAAGAGAUUUUGAACAGAUCUCUAAAACGAUUCGGAAAGAAGUGGGAAGAUUUGAGAAAGAACGAGUGAAAGAUUUUAAAACUGUAAUUAUCAAGUACUUAGAAUCAUUAGUACAAACACAACAACAGCUAAUAAAAUAUUGGGAGGCAUUCCUACCUGAAGCCAAAGCCAUUGCCUAGCAAGAUUACUCCUGUUAAGAAGACCUUGGAUGUUUGUUCCAGUUAUGCUGAAUUCCACAGUGAAAUCAUUUAAAACCAUCUAAAUAAACCACUAUAUAUUUUAUGAGUUACAUGUGGGCUACACACACACACACACACACACACACACACACACACACACACACAAAACGCACGCACGCACGCUCACACAUUCUGACAUUUUGUUACGAGCUGCAUGUCCUGACCUUCUUUGAAUUAAGUGGACUGUGGCAUGACAUUCUGCAAUACUUUGCUGAAUUGAACACUAUUGUGUCUUAAAUACUUGCACUAAACAGUGCUGCAAGGCCAGACAAUUUUACAAUGUUUUUUUCUUUACAGUGUGUUCUGUAGUGUGCUCACCCUCUAUGAAGUGAAUUAUCAAUGCGUUGAUUAAUGUUCAGUUAUACAUUCCUGUACAGAAACUAUGAUUUUGUGAUUACAGUAAUAAAAUGAUAUUCCUUGUGAAGUAUUAGUAACAAAUUAUUUGGGUAUGUAAACAUUAGGGAUCUUUUAAAAGCAUUUUUAACAGGAAGAAACUUUUUCUUCUAGAUGUAUAUAGGUGAUGCUAUGAUACAUUAAUUUUUUUAAUUGAUAGAAAAAGCUGAACUCUUUCAUCAUUAAAUAAUUAAAUGAAGCUUAGGUGUUCUUAUGAAAUCAUCACAAACCAAAGAACAUUCAUCUCUUGAUCCAACUCUAGGGAAUGCCCUUGUCUUGAUUGAGUAAAGGAGAGAUUAAUUGUCUUUGUUUUCAUCCAACCCUAUUAUAUGUGUCCAAUUUAAGAAAAAAUGUAUUUAUGUGAUUCUGUUCAAGUCUUACGAAUUUUGAUCAUCUAUUAUCUUCAAAUUCCAAGGCUGCAUAUAUUUAUUUUUUGCCUUAGUUUUCAUUUUAAACUAAAUAUAUAGAUCACCUGUGGUCAUAAUUGACAAAAAAAUGGUAGCAUGCUAAAAUACCCCAUGAAUAACCAAGGAUAACACAAAGCAAAUAUGAAGAAAAAUGAAAUUUGUUUUUGGCAACAUUCUUACCUAUUCUGUAUCCUGUUUAGAUGACUAUUAUCUAAUCCUUGAUACUGGUGAAAGCUUAACUUGUGACUGGCAUUAGAGUUAUUUUCAUUUUUAAGAUGUAUUCUUAAAGAUAUCCCACUUCUCAAGCUUAACAACUAAAUCUCCUCCCAGAGGAGUAAGAUAUGGUAUGUGUAACUGAGUCCUCUCUAGAAGCCUACUGGAUACAAUUAAUAUAUCGGGUGUCCUCAGGUAUGUUUGCUCCCACCACUUAUUUUAGUUGAAAUGUUAAACCUACUGUAGGUAUUUAUACUCCUAGAACCCAGAAGAGUACCUGACACAAAACAGGUUAAUAAUAAAGACUUGAACAGGAAAACAAAAUCUUGGAAGAUGCAAAAUAAUGUGUGCUCUCUUAAGAAGAAACUGAAGCAGAAAUAGUACAGCCUUCUAUUGUUGCUUCUAUUGGAGAUACCUUAGAAACUCAUAAUGAAUAACUCAUGGUAAUCUAUAUAUCAGAUGCUAUCUUGCUUACCCAUUAAUAUUGAGCAAAAUAUAGACUUACUGGGAAUAGUUUCACUACAAUGAUAUCCUAGUAUUAUAUCCAUAGUUAUAUUAUUUCCAAAGACAGUUUAUAUAUAUAUAGGAUAAUAACUGUUCAAGCCAAAAUCUUUCAUUCCACAGUAAUUAGAACAUUAGACCAUUUAGUACCUCCAAACAAAAUAAUAAAUAUUUUCAGUCUUGAUCAAGCUGAAGAGAGUAACAGACCAGGACCCCAUUCCAGAUUUCAUUCCCCUUAACAACCUUUACUAAACGAUAAGGACUCUGUUGGAAAUUUCAAGUAAAUUAUAUGAACCUCAGAUAGCUAUCAACAUUUUAACAGGAUUUAAUUUCUUCAGCAUCUGCCAGUCUCCACCCAUCAAUCUUCACAUCUCCUAUUCAUAGUACUAAAAUACUUUCAUUGCAAAUAAAUAGAACAAAAGCUUUAAUAGUACUGAUAAAAUAAUUUUUUAGUUAUAUAGAUCUGAAUUUAAAUAUUUCUUUUUUCUUUAACCAGAUAAAAGUUAAAGAAGGACUAAGGCAGCAUAAUACAGUGGAACAAGCUGAACUUGGGGUCAACAUACAUGUGUUCAGUCCUGCCUUUUGUCACUAAGUUAGGUAUGUGACUUUGGGCAUAUCACUUAAAUUGGUAAAACAAAUAUAAAACUGAUUUUUGAAGUGCCUUUCUACUUUAAAAUACUUUUGUUUAAAAUACCAAACUUCAAUAUAAAUAUUAUUCUAUUAGAAAAUCAAAUUCUAAUCAAACUGCUUUCUUAUUAGCAAAGUCAAACAAGGCUAGAGAAAAAUAAAUGUAUGUAAAAGUUAUUUCUAAGACAUAAAAGAGUAAGUUUUCUUGCUUGUGUUUUUUGGUGAGCUAUUUUCAACUAUUUGGCUUGUUUUAUACAUAUAUACCCUUGCUUCAUUGUUGCUAUUCUUUAAACAUUUUUAUUUUAUUAUCCAGCUCUAGUAAAGUUUUACAAGUUCCUUGUACAAAUUGUUUCAUACAUGUUUUUUAAAUAUAAAAUAAGCCUCGUAAAGCAGGUUUCUUUAAAGGAAGGACAUCAGAUGAGUAGAGAAGGAAGAUUCCCUUAAAAAUGCUUCUUGGUAUCAAAGUGAAUUAUAAAGACUUCUAUUUUUCUGUUUUUAAAUAAAGCAUGUGACUAGUUACAAGGCUAAAUGGCUACUUCACUUUUCUUGUGGCUCCCUGCAUGGACAGUCACGUGAUUAACAAGAGUCAAGGAGACAGCAGAAAUUCAGUCACAGUAACUACAGGUAGGCUGAGCAAACAUCAUUCUGUUUUAAAGGAAGGGAUGUCACUGGUAGUGAGGAAGGAAGAUAAACCUGUGAAAAGGAAGUCCAGUCAUGGGUUGGAACUUUGGAAGCAUUUCCAUAAUAAUAUUCUGUAGUCAGGAAAUGUGUAUGUUAUGCUAGCUCUCUGUGACAGUCUGUUUCAAAGUAUUGAAAAAAAGACAAUCAUAAUCCCCUUCCUUAUCCAAAAUACAGAAUCAAAUAAUUAUAAUUCCUAUCCUUCACAGUGAAGGAUAUGGUUUCAAAUAAUAAGGAAGGUAGAUGGUUUGCCAGACAGAAAUAAGACGAGGGGAAUUAUAAGAGUGAUGUGAAUAAUUGUUGAUUACUCUGUCUUUGUAAUCAGGUCCUUGAAGAGAAGUCAUGGUGAUCUGUGGAUGAGGGCCUUAGAGUUUAGAUCCAUAGCAGUAUAAUGGAAGCCACUUGUAUAAUUUUAGUUUUCUAUACCCAAUUUUUUUUAAAGAGUAAAACGUAAAAUUAAUUUUAAUAUUUAACCCAGUAGCUCUAAAAUAUUGUAACAUGUAAUGCAAUAUAUUAAAAAUUAUUGUUAUUUUA